GCCCUCAGCGCGGGGCCCGGAGCCUGCGCAGUGCGGCGGGGAGCGGCCUCCCGGCCCUGCCCUGCCCUGCCCGGCCCUGCCCGCCCUGCCCCGUGCCCGCCCGCCCGCGGGGUAACCGCGCCGGGGCCGCUGCCCCGCUCCCCGCGGGGCCUGUGGGCACCGGGGGCCGCGCCGCGACAGCGCCCCGCCCGCGCCCGCAUGGGCCUGGCCGAGCCAUGGCCGCCCUGUACCAGAGCGCGGACCCGUCCGCCUCGGCCUCGCCGAACAAGCUGCUGGCGCUGAAGGACGUGCGGCAGGUGAAGGAGGAGACCACGCUGGACGAGAAGCUUUUCCUGCUGGCCUGCGACAAAGGUGACUAUUACAUGGUUAAGAAACUCCUGGAGGAAAACAGCUCGGGGGAAAUGAAUAUAAAUUGUGUGGAUGUGCUUGGACGAAAUGCUGUUACCAUAACCAUUGAAAAUGAAAACUUGGACAUACUACAGCUCCUUUUGGAUUACGGCUGCCAGUCAUCGGAUGCACUUUUGGUGGCUAUUGACUCGGAAGUGGUGGGAGCUGUGGACAUUCUGCUUAAUCACCGACCCAAAAGAUCCUCCAGACCGACCAUUGUGAAAUUAAUGGAACGCAUUCAGAACCCAGAGUACUCAACGACCAUGGAUGUGGCACCAGUCAUUUUAGCUGCUCAUCGGAACAACUAUGAAAUUCUCACCAUGCUGCUAAAGCAAGAUAUAUCCUUGCCCAAACCUCAUGCUGUAGGCUGUGAAUGCACACUGUGUACUGCCAAGAACAAAAAAGAUAGUCUGCGACAUUCCAGGUUUCGUCUUGACAUUUAUCGGUGUUUAGCCAGUCCUGCUUUAAUAAUGUUGACAGAGGAGGAUCCAAUCCUACGAGCUUUUGAACUCAGUGCAGACUUGAAAGAAUUAAGCCUUGUUGAGGUUGAAUUCAGAAAUGAUUAUGAGGAGCUCGCUCAACAGUGCAAAACCUUUGCUAAAGAUCUGCUUGCACAAGCACGGAAUUCCCGGGAGCUGGAAGUGAUUCUGAAUCACACAUCCAGCGAUGAACAUGUAGACAAGCGAGGAUUGUUGGAAGAGAGGAUGAACCUAAGCCGCUUAAAACUUGCAAUCAAGUAUAAUCAAAAAGAGUUUGUUGCCCAGUCCAACUGUCAGCAGUUCCUGAACACGGUGUGGUUCGGGCAGAUGGCCGGCUAUCGCCGCAAGCACACCUGCAAGAAGAUCUUGACUGUUUUGAUGGUUGGCAUUUUCUGGCCAGUUCUGUCCCUGUGUUAUUUGUUAGCUCCUAAAUCUCGAGUUGGUCGAAUGAUUCACACUCCUUUUAUGAAGUUUAUUAUUCAUGGAGCUUCAUAUUUCACGUUUCUCUUAUUACUCAAUUUGUACUCCCUUGUCUACAAUGAGAAUAAGAAGAAUACAAUGGGACCAGCCCUUGAGAGAAUAGACUAUCUUCUGAUAAUCUGGCUAAUUGGAAUGGUGUGGUCAGAUGUUAAGAGACUCUGGUAUGAGGGUUUAGAAGAUUUUUUAGAAGAAUCCCGUAAUCAGCUUAGUUUUGUCAUGAAUUCCCUGUAUUUGGCAACUUUUGCCCUCAAGGUCGUUGCCCAUAACAAGUUCCAUGACUAUGCUGAAAGGAAGGACUGGGAUGCAUUCCAUCCUACCCUAGUAGCAGAAGGACUUUUUGCUUUUGCUAAUGUUCUUAGUUACCUGCGUCUCUUCUUUAUGUACACAACCAGCUCUAUUCUGGGACCACUCCAGAUUUCAAUGGGGCAGAUGCUGCAAGAUUUUGGAAAAUUUCUGGGCAUGUUUCUUCUUGUCUUGUUCUCAUUCACAAUUGGAUUGACACAACUUUAUGAUAAAGGAUUUACUGUAAAUGAAGAAAAGGACUGUGCGGGUAUUUUCUGUGAACAACAGAGCAAUGACACAUUUCAUUCGUUCAUUGGCACAUGUUUUGCUCUGUUCUGGUACAUAUUCUCCCUGGCACAUGUAGCAAUUUUUGUCACACGUUUCAGCUAUGGUGAAGAAUUACAGUCUUUUGUGGGGGCUGUUAUUGUUGGUACCUACAACGUGGUGGUUGUGAUAGUGUUAACUAAACUCCUUGUGGCAAUGCUUCAUAAAAGUUUUCAGCUGAUAGCAAAUCAUGAAGACAAGGAGUGGAAGUUUGCCCGUGCCAAGCUCUGGCUCAGCUACUUUGAUGACAAAUGCACGCUCCCCCCACCUUUCAAUGUCAUCCCCUCUCCCAAGACUAUCUGUUACCUCUUCAACAGUCUCAGUAAAUGGAUCUGCUCUCAUACAUCAAGUGGCAAAGUGAAACGUCAGAACAGCCUUAAGGAAUGGAGAAAUCUGAAGCAAAAGAGAGAUGAGAAUUACCAAAAGGUGAUGUGUUGCUUAGUCCACCGUUACUUGACUUCCAUGAGACAGAAGAUGCAAAGUACGGAUCAGGCAACUGUGGAAAACCUCAACGAACUGCGGCAAGACCUGUCGAAAUUCCGCAAUGAAAUGAGAGACCUGCUUGGCUUCCGAACUUCUAAAUACGCCAUGUUUUAUCCAAGAAACUAAGGCCUAGCUUAUAAACAAGAAGUGUGUACUUUCAGAUACCUGUAGGUAAAGUGUUGCCCUAAUUCUGUUGCCAGAUCAUAUCAACAAGAUAUUGCACAAAAAUACAUUUCAAAAUGCAUUUGCAUGAGUCGCAGCUACAGCAAAGUGAUUGGAAUAAAUGCAAAACCAGAUAUAGUGAUUUUCUUAGGCUUUCAGUGUGUAUAUAAAAUUUGUAUAUAGGAGUUUUUUAAAUGUUCCCCAGAGUGUGGUUGUCAGGUGUCAGAGCUUCUUAACUAGCACAACGUCUUUCUUUCUUCUAUUUUUGCUGUUUGUUCUUUUUUGAUACUUGUUUUUCAAGUUGUGGGGGAAGAUAGGCUUUUUAAACAAAAAUCCAGCCUAUGUUUAUUUUUAAUAGAAAAGUCAGAUAUAGAAUAAUAGAAAAUUUCCAGCACAGUUGGAAAUUAUGUUUGACUGUAGGUUACAGUGCAUGGGAAGACUGUAUGGCUCUGAAAGAGGCAGUUCUAGUUUUGUAUGUUAACCUUGACUGUAAACUAACAUUUAUAGAAUACAGCACAUCAAAUCAUGAAGAUUCUUCCCUUUCAUGGGAACACUGACAUUUUGAACACAAAAUAGACCAACUAUUUCUUGAAUGUUUAUGGUUAUAUGUAAGACAAUCAAUUCCUACUUGGAUUUUUCAGCAGUGCCUCAAUAGUACAUUUUAAUAUAUGUGCUAAGAUUGGGAACAGAAUUUUAAAACUAACCUGUGCACAUUUAAUGUUUGAUGUCUUGGGGUUUUAAAAUCUGGAUAAUAAAUUAUUUGAAUUAUUAAAACCUGUCAUUUAAUGAAAGUGAGGUGGAGCACAUGAGUGCUGUUGUUUGCAGUGCUGAAUAAUUCCUGUGAAACAUUCUACGCUUGUUUCUGUGAGAUCAUCAAGUCUGGUCAUUGGAGAGAUGUACUUUAGAAUGGUCUGCUUAACACAGGUUUUACAUAUCCUACUUUUAAACUUUUUUUUCUUUUUUCCUGUUUUUUACCACAAUUGUUGCCAAGCUAGAAUUCAGUUUGUGUCAGGAAUACUAUGUUUUGUGAAAACAUGUGAUCUGACUUUGCUUACAAUGGACAGUAAGGGCUUUGUGGAUUUUCUGUGCAAGAGGGUCCUUUAUAUGCUUAUAUAUAUAUUAUUCAAGCUGGCAAAUUGUAAUUGAGAAAUGUGAGAUUCCUGUAUUUUUAAUUACAAAAUAAGUAUAUUUAUGACAGCUAAAGGGUUGACUGACAAUUUUGUUGUUACGAUGGUGCUGUUCUACAAUGGUUGUAUGGCUGGAAGGUGCAGGCAGCCAGAGUGGUCUUUGACUGCAGUAGAUUUGGGGAGAUUGAUGGAGUGGAGGCUCACACGAAUGUUUACUUUUUUGAAGGAAUUCUUAUAAAACUUUUUCUUGUAAAGGUAAUAUAUUUUCUGUACUAUGACAUUAUGUAUUUCUGAACCAGGUUUUAAUACUCUGCUUCCAGAAAUGUUACAGUCUAGAGGGAUUCUGAUACUUGAUUUCAUGUGAAUAGGAAGUUAACCUCUUGGUUCAAAGCAAAGAGGAUCACUGAGUUUUGUAUUUGGACUCAGAUCUCAUGUUUGGAUAAUGCACCAACAUAAAAUCUAUGUGCUGUCUGUGUUACAUAGAUCCAAAAAAGGAAGCAGACAAAUAAAAGCUCUUUGAAAAAUGU